GUGUCUCUCUCUCUCUCUAUGCCAUUUACCUCAACGAGCAUCGCUCCUCGAUUCGCCAAUUUCCGAGAAAAUCAAACUUUCCGAUCGAGGAGAUCGAGCAACUCGGGAAUGGCGCCUCCGGUUCUGUCGCUCGCCCUUCCUUCUGAUACUGGCCGAGUUCUCAGCAUACAGUCACAUACAGUACAGGGAUAUGUGGGCAACAAGUCGGCUGUUUUCCCUCUUCAACUGUUGGGAUAUGAUGUGGAUCCGAUCAAUUCGGUGCAGUUCUCAAAUCACACCGGGUACCCUACAUUUAAGGGGCAAGUUUUGAAUGGGCAGCAAUUGUGGGAUCUAAUCGAAGGCCUGGAAGGAAAUGAUUUGUUAUUCUACACCCAUUUAUUAACAGGUUAUAUUGGGUCAGUCUCAUUCUUGAAUACGGUUUUGGAGGUCAUUGCCAAGCUUCGUUCUGUAAAUCCGAAUCUUACAUAUGUCUGUGAUCCUGUAAUGGGUGAUGAAGGAAAGCUCUAUGUGCCGCAAGAAUUGGUACAUGUUUAUCGUGAGAAGGUUGUACCCCUUGCUUCUAUGUUGACUCCUAACCAAUUUGAGGCGGAGCAAUUAACAGGACAAAGGAUAGAAUCUGAGGAAGAUGGCAGGGAAGCUUGCGCUAUUCUUCAUGCUGCCGGACCUUCAAAGGUGGUGAUCACUAGCAUUAGUAUAGGAGGCAGCUUGUUGCUUAUUGGGAGUCAUCAGAAGGAAAAGGGCCUGAAGCCCGACCAGUUCAAGAUUUUGAUACCAAAGAUCCCUGCAUAUUUUACGGGAACCGGAGAUCUCAUGACUGCUCUUCUGCUUGGUUGGAGUAAUAAAUACCCCGACAACCUCGACAAGGCAGCCGAGCUUGCGGUUUCAAGCUUGCAGGCUCUCCUGAGGAGAACCCUCGAUGAUUAUAAACGCGCCGGAUAUGAUCUCGAUUCAAGCAGCUUGGAGAUCAGACUAAUACAAAGCCAGGACGAUAUUCGCAACCCUAACGUCCUGCUGAAAGCUCAAAGAUACUUCUGAAUAAGGUGGCGAAAGGCGGAAAUGUAAUUUACGUUUUCGAUAUUUAUAUCAUUUUUAUAGGAGCGCAAAUACGAUCCUUAAGACGGUUGGGACCUCAGAUUCAUCCAUACAUCUUUUCGUUGGAUAACAAUAAUUCAUCACAUGUUAUGUUGCUUUCCAUUA